UGCUCAAAAUUAUAUGAAUUUUUAGGAUUUGUCUGAGGUUUGAUUUGAGUUGGGUUGGUUCUAAUGGAGUCAUACUGGACACCCUGAUAUCCGAGAAUAUAACAAACACCAAGAGCAAGUCAAUGGGUGCUUUUGAUCUCUCCGGAGAAAUAUCAAUUUCUAAAACUUGUUGCAAGCUAUCAAGGCGUGUGUAUAUUUUCUCGCAAUUUGCUCUUCCCAGUGGGGAGAAGGAUAAGGAGGUUGUACCAAGAUUUGUUGUGAGUCCGGACAAUGGGAGAACCUUCAGAGAAGAUUCUAGAUUAAAACAACCUGAGAGUUUUGGAGUAGGAAAACUAUGGAUGUGGUUUGAAACUCCUCUGCAGGCAGAAGAUCAUGUUACAGAUAUAUACCAGGAAAACCUUAAGAUAUAUGUUGAAGGAUACAGGCUGAAGGAUAAAUAUGUUACUAAGAAGAAAAUAGAGUUUCAGUAUCUUUAUCAUAUGGUAACUAUUUAUGUACCUAUCGACAUACAACUCUACAUAUAUAUUUAUGUACCUAUCUAUCUAGCCCUAUAUCUAUCUAUUUUCCUGUCUACAUAUCUACCUAUCUAUGACAUAUACCGGCGUGUAUCCUGGUUUACUGAAUCUGACGCUCAACCUGCUGGAUAUCAACAACCUAUUGGAGAACUAGUGGAAGCAGAGGAUGGAGGAGGAAUACUGGAUUUAAAGAUGCUUCAUAUAACUGUUAUAACCCCGCUCCAACGAACCAAUGCUACGGGCAUCAAAAUAAUUGACUCCCUCAGAUUCCGACAAACCCUGAGUGCCCGCCCAGGUCAGAAACGAAGACGACUAACUCAGAGUUCGAGAUCUUCCGGGAGUGUGUGCAAAAGUCCUGUUAGCAUAAGCUCUCCAGUAAACUCGGAAAGAAUUCAAAACGUGAUGAUUUCAACCCCAGUGGCAGGAAAUUCAGAGAUCUUAGAUUUGACCGUGGAAUCUCAAGGGGCAGGGGGAAAAGUGACAAAAAUGGAAACAGAAUCCGACUUAGAAAGUCUAAAUGCAUCAAGGGCAACCUCUAGAACUAAUAGUCCAACUAGCCCAGAGCCACCACACCAUGGCCAGCAGCCAUUCGAUUUCAGGACCAAAAACAGCAAAUCCGCGAAUUUAGUUGAGGGAAAAUCUACCAAAAUAUCAAAUCUUGUAGAUUCUAGUCAGCUGACCAGUUAUCCAGUUAUAUCUUCUAAUGCUGUAUUCCCUGCCUUGGACAGAUUUAUUAUUUUAUCCUCAAGUCAGAUUGUGUCUUCCUCUGGCGUUAUGGAUCUGUCCAUAUCAAAAUCAAGAAAUCAUGCUGUCAACUCAAGUUCUGUCGGCACUAUUUUUGUUCCUAAACCGGUUCUACGACCUAAACCACCAACAUCACUUCAUGGAACAAUUGUACACCAUGAGGCAUCAAGCCAGCGCCAUCUGGGUACUAAGAAUCUAGAGCGCAAGAGUAUAACAGCUGUGGCCAGCAGACAAAAGAUAUCUUCUGAAUUUGAGAUAUUGAAGCAACUAGAGAACCUCAUAGUGAUGCUCAGCUUAAAUCCAGGAGAUGCUGAUGUUGUUGCAACUUCAUUACUUCGCCUUAAAAAUCUAGAACCUGUUCUCUGCUCAGGAUUUACCUCGGAGAAGAUCAAAGAUAGGAUCUCCAUGGUGUGCUCUCACUUGAACCGUAUCAGUACCCUUUUCAAACCUGGAACAGAAAACGGAACUCAGUGUCGAGCGUUGCUGAAAAAAUUUGAGGAGAACCUUUGCGCUAGUUGGUUAAUAACAUAAAUGAACAUCGUAACUAAUUCAUCACACCUAUACAUAAAUCCACCAUCGAGAUUAAACAUUAUUAUUAUUGUCAUUGAUAAUAGUUCAAGUUUGUACAUUUGUAAUUUAGAUUAGUAUUGCUGACAAUCUAAUCCAUUGUCACUAAAAUUUGUGAUAAAAAACAAACGGCCAUAAUAUUUAUGUAUUGUACACUCAAAUUAAAUUGGAAGUUAAUUA